UUUCCCAAGUGACACCACGGGAGCCCCCACAGCUGUUUUCCUGAUAACCUGGCAAACGCCCCACCCACGCUUUGCCCCUCCCCUGCUCUCCCCGCCUCUGCCGGUCCUGCUGGGCCAUAUAAGGCCCGGACCCCUGCCCCAGUUGCUCUCCCCCGCCACCCUUCUGAGCCACCAUGGGGCUGCCGCUAGCCGGCCUGGUGGCCGUCUGCCUGGCCCUGAGCUCGGCUGGGGGUGCGGAGCUCCGGAGAGAGGGCAGGACCCGGAACCAUGGCCACAGCGUCUGCAGCACUUGGGGCGACUUCCACUAUAAGACGUUCGACGGCGACAUCUUCCGCUUCCCGGGCCUCUGCGACUACAACUUUGCGUCUGACUGCAGGGACUCCUACAAGGAGUUUGCGGUGCACCUGAAGCGGGGCCUGGGACGAGAUGGGGCUCACCCCCGGCUCGACUACAUCCUGCUGAACAUCAAAGACGACACUAUCUACCUCACCCGCCAGCUGGCGGUGCUGAACGGGGCCGUGGUCAGCACCCCGCACUAUAGCCCCGGGCUGCUCAUUGAGAAGAGCGACGUCUAUACCAAGGUCUACUCCCGCGCGGGACUCACUCUCCUGUGGAACCGGGAAGACGCCCUCAUGCUGGAGCUGGACAGUAAGUUCCAGAACCACACGUGUGGCCUCUGCGGGGACUACAACGGCCUGCACGUCUAUUCAGAGUUCCUCUCUGACGGUGUGUCCUUCAGUGCCAUCGAGUUUGGGAACAUGCAGAAGAUCAAAAAGCCUGGGGCGGUGUGCGAGGACCCCGAGGAGGAGCCCGCGGGAGAGUCCUGCUCUGAGCACCGCGCCGAGUGCGAGAGGCUGCUGACGGGCUCGGCCUUCGAGGACUGCCUGGGCCUGGUGCCGCUGGAGCUGUACGUGCAGGUCUGCGUGCAGGACCGCUGCCGGUGCCCGCUGGGCGCCUCCUGCGUCUGCAGCAGCCUCGCCGAGUUCUCCCGCCAGUGCUCGCACGCGGGCGGCCGGCCGGGCACCUGGAGGACCCCCGAGUUCUGCCCCAAGAGCUGCCCCGGGAACAUGGUUUACCUGGAGAGCGGCUCACCCUGCAUGGACACCUGCUCACACCUGGGAAUCAGCAACCUGUGUGAGGAGCACCGCAUGGACGGCUGUUUUUGCCCGGAAGGCACUGUGUACGAUGACAUUGCGGGCAGAGGCUGCAUUCCGGUCAGCCAGUGUCACUGCAAGGUCCACGGGCACCUGUACUUGCCCGGCCAGCAGAUCACCAACGACUGCGAGCAGUGCGUCUGCACCGCCGGCCGCUGGGUGUGCAAAGACCUGCCAUGCCCAGGCACCUGCGCCCUGGAGGGCGGCUCCCACAUCUCCACCUUCGACGGCAAGAAGUACACUUUCCACGGGGACUGCUACUACGUGCUGGUCAAGGGCGACCACGACUCCUAUGCCCUCCUGGGUGAGCUGGCCCCCUGCGGCUCCACGGACAAGCAGACCUGCCUGAAGACGGCGGUGCUGCUGACCGACAAAAAGAAGAACGUGGUGGCCUUCAAGUCGGACGGCAGCGUGCUGCUGAAUGAGCUGCAGGUGAACUUGCCCCACGUGACUGCCAGCUUCUCCGUCUUCCAACCAUCCUCCCACCACCUCGUGGUGAAUACCGCCUUCGGCCUCAGGCUGCAGGUGCAGCUGGUGCCCGUGAUGCAGCUGUUUGUGACGCUGGACCAGGCCGCCCAGGGGCGCGUGCAGGGCCUCUGCGGGAACUUCAACGGCCUGGAAGGGGAUGACUUCAAGACGGCGGGCGGGCUGGUGGAGGCCACGGGGGCCGGCUUCGCCAACACGUGGAAGGCCCAGUCGAGUUGCCACGACAAGCUGGACUGGCUGGAGGACCCCUGCUCCCUCAACAUCGAGAGCGCCAACUACGCGGAGCACUGGUGCUCCCUGCUGAAGAAGACAGAGACCCCCUUCGGCAGGUGCCACUCAGCCGUGGACCCCUCGGAGUAUUACAAGAGGUGCAGGUACGAUACGUGUAACUGCCAGAACAGCGAGGACUGCAUGUGUGCCGCCCUGUCCUCCUACGCCCGCGCCUGCGCCACCAAGGGCGUCAUGCUGUGGGGGUGGCGGGAGCAAGUCUGCAACAAGGACGUGGGCUCCUGCCCCAGCUCACAGAUCUUCCUGUACAACCUGACCACCUGCCAGCCCACCUGCCGCUCGCUCUCCGAGGCCGACACCCACUGCCUCAAGGGCUUUGCGCCGGUGGACGGCUGCGGCUGCCCCGACCACACCUUCCUGGACGAGAAGGGCCGCUGUGUGCCCCUGGCCAAGUGCUCUUGCUAUCACCGCGGCCUCUACCUGGAGGCCGGGGAAGUGGUCCUGCGGCAGGGGGAGCGAUGCGUUUGCCGGAACGGCAGGCUUCAGUGCGUUCAGAUCCAGCUGAUCGGCCUUCGCUGUCAGGCCCCAAAGAUCCACGUGGAUUGCAACAACCUGACAGCGCUGGCCAUCCAGAACCCGCGACCCACCAGCUGCCAGACGCUGGCUGCCGGCCACUACCAGACGGAGUGCAUCAGCGGCUGUGUUUGCCCGGACGGGCUGCUGGAUGACGGCCGUGGCGGCUGCGUCGUGGAAGAGCAGUGUCCCUGUGUGCACAACAAUGACCUGUACUCCCCCGGGGACAAGAUCAAGGUGGACUGCAACACCUGCACCUGCCGGAGGGGCCGCUGGGCGUGCACGCAGGCCGUGUGCUACGGCUCCUGCUCCAUCUACGGAAGUGGCCACUACAUCACGUUCGACGGGAAGCACUACGACUUUGAUGGACACUGUUCCUACGUGGCGGCUCAGGACUACUGCGGCCAGAACUCCUCACUGGGCUCCUUCAGCAUCAUCACCGAGAAUGUUCCCUGUGGCACCACGGGCGUCACCUGCUCCAAGGCCAUCAAAAUCUUCAUGGGGAGUCUGGAGCUGAAGCUGGAGGGCAAGCACCGCGUGGUGAUCCAGCGAGACGUGGGCCACCACGUGUCCUACACCACGCGGGAGGUGGGCCAGUACCUGGUGGUAGAGGCCAGCGUGGGCGUCAUCGUCAUCUGGGACAAGAGGACCACCGUCUUCAUCAAGCUGGCGCCGUCCUACGAGGGCACGGUGUGCGGGCUGUGUGGGAACUUCGACCGCCGCUCCAGCAACGACUUCACCACGAGGGACCACAUGGUGGUGGACAGCGAGCUGGACUUCGGGAACAGCUGGAAGGAGGCCCCCACCUGCCCAGACGUGAGCUUCACCCCGGAGCCCUGCGCCCUGAGGCCGCACCGCCUCUCCUGGGCCGAGAAGCAGUGCAGUAUCAUCAAGAGCCGGGUCUUCGCCGUCUGCCACAGCAAGGUGGACCCCAAGCCGUUCUACGAGGCCUGCGUCCAUGACUCGUGCUCCUGCGACACGGGCGGGGACUGUGAGUGCUUUUGCUCUGCCGUGGCCUCCUACGCCCAGGCGUGCACGAAGGAGGAGGCCUGCGUGUUCUGGAGGACGCCAGACCUGUGCCCCAUCUUCUGUGACUACUACAACCCCCCGGACGAGUGCGAGUGGCACUACGAGCCGUGUGGGAACCGCAGCUUUGAGACCUGCAGGACGGUCAACGGGAUCCACUCCAACAUCUCCGUGUCCUACCUGGAGGGCUGCUACCCGCGGUGCCCCAAGGACAGGCCCAUCUACGACGAGGACGAGAAAAAGUGCGUCACGGCCGACCAGUGUGGCUGCUACGUCGAGGACACCCAUUACCCACCUGGAGCGUCCGUGCCCUCCGACAAGGACUGCCAGUCUUGCAUGUGUACUGACUCCUCGGAAGUUGUCUGCCGGCCCGAAGAAGGGAAGGUUCUCAACUAUACCCAGGAUGGGUCUUUCUGCUACUGGGUGAUCUGCGGUCCCAACGGGACGGUGGAGAAACACUUCAACAUCUGCCAGCCUACCUCGCCUCCCUCGUCCUCCUUGCCGCCCUCCACCACCCCCGUCACCAGCACCACGAGCACCACCCCCACCCCCAUCCCCAGCACAGCAACGACCAUCUCCUCAACGACCCCAUCCUCAACCACUCCCAAUGUGUGCUGCUUCUGGUCCGACUGGAUCAACGAGAACCACCCCAGCAUGGACAGCACCGGUGGAGACUGGGAGAAAUUCGACAGUGUCUGCAGGGAACCCGAGGACAUCCAGUGCAGGUUGGCCACGGAGCCAGAGCUCAGCUGGGAGGAGACGGGCCAGAAGGUGCAGUGUGAUGUCUCCUCAGGGCUCAUUUGCCUCAACGAAGACCAGUUUGGAAACGGGCCGUUCGCCAUCUGUUAUGACUAUGAAAUACGUGUCAAUUGUUGCCUGCCGAUGUAUGAGUGUCCCGGGUCCCCAACCACGGCCCCAACCACCACCCCCUCAACCACAACCACCACCCCGACCACCACCAGCACGGAGACCCCGACCCCCACCCCGACCACCACCAGCACGACCCCGACCUCCACCCCGACCACCACCACCACCACCACCACCACCACCACCCCUACCCCGGGAUCAACCACCACUCCGUGCGUGCCUCAGUGCAAUUGGACUGGCUGGCUGGAUUCAGGGAAACCAGACAACACCAAACCGGGGGCAGACAUCGAAUCUGUCGAGGUCUGUGGACUAGGCUGGGCGGCCAACAUCUCCUGCAGAGCCGCCCAGUUCCCUGACAUCCCCCUUGGGCAGCUGGGGCAGAACGUGGAUUGCGACAUCAACGUCGGGCUGGUGUGCAGAAAUGAAAACCAGAAGCCAGGGGGAUACGUGCCCCAGCCUUCUUGCCUCAACUAUGAGAUCAACGUCUACUGCUGUUCGUGGCCUCCACACUGUAUCUCCACGCCUUCCCCUGUAACCACGCCGACCUCCCCGACCACCACCACCACCAGCACGGAGACCCCGACCCCGACCACCACCAGCACGGAGACCCCGACCCCGACCUCCACCACCACCACCACCAGCACGGAGACCCCGACCCCGACCAUCACCACCACCACCACCAGCACGGAGACCCCGACCCCCACCCCGACCACCACCAGCACGGAGACCCCGACUCCCACCCCAACCACCACCAGCACGGAGAGCCCGACCCCGACCACCACCACCACCACCACCAGCACGGAGACCCCGACCCCCACCCCGACCACCACCAGCACGGGGACCCCGACCCCGACCUCCACCCCAACCACCACCAGCACGGAGACCCCGACCCCCACCCCGACCACCACCACCACCAGCACGGAGACCCCGACCCCGACCACCACCAGCACGGAGAGCCCGACCCCAACCACCACCACCACCACCACCAGCACGGAGACCCCGACCCCCACCCCGACCACCACCAGCACGGAGACCCCGACCCCCACCCCAACUACCACCAGCACGGAGACCCCGACCCCCACCCUGACCACCACCACCACCAGCACGGAGACCCCGACCCCGACCACCACCAGCACGGAGACCCCGACCUCCACCCCGAGCACCACCAGCACGGAGACCCCAACCCCAGCCUCCACCACCACCACCACCAGCACGGAGACCCCGACCCCGACCACCACCACCACCACCACCAGCACGGAGACCCCGACCCCCACCCCAACCACCACCAGCACGGAGACCCCGACCCCGACCACCACCACCACCACCACCAGCACGGAGACCCCGACCCCGACCACCACCACCACCACCACCAGCACGGAGACCCCGACCCCCACCCCAACCACCACCAGCACGGAGACCCCGACACCGACCUCCACCCCGACCACCACCAGCACGGAGACCCCAACCCCAACCUCCACCACCACCACCACCAGCACGGAGACCCCGACCCCCACCCCAACCACCACCAGCACGGAGACCCCGACCCCCACCCCGACCACCACCAGCACGGAGACCCCGACCCCGACCACCACCACCACCACCACCAGCACGGAGACCCCGACCCCCACCCCGACCACCACCAGCACGGAGACCCCGACCCCGACCACCACCAGCACGGAGACCCCAACCCCAGCCUCCACCACCACCACCACCAGCACGGAGACCCCGACCCCCACCCCAACCACCACCAGCACGGAGACCCCGACCCCCACCCCGACCACCACCACCACCAGCACGGAGACCCCGACCCCGACCACCACCAGCACGGAGACCCCGACCCCGACCUCCACCCCGACCACCACCAGCACGGAGACCCCAACCCCAACCUCCACCCCGACCACCACCAGCACGGAGACCCCGACCCCCACCCCGACCACCACCAGCACGGAGACCCCGACCCCGACCUCCACCCCGACCACCACCAGCACGGAGAGCCCGACCCCAACCUCCACCACCACCACCACCACGGAGACCCUGACCCCGACCACCACCAGCACGGAGACCCCGACCCCGACCACCACCACCACCACCAGCACGGAGACCCCGACCUCCACCCCGACCACCACCAGCACGGAGACCCCAACCCCAACCUCCACCACCACCACCACCAGCACGGAGACCCCGACCCCCACCCCAACCACCACCAGCACGGAGACCCCGACCCCGACCUCCACCCCGACCACCACCAGCACGGAGACCCCAACCCCAACCUCCACCACCACCACCACCACGGAGACCCUGACCCCGACCACCACCAGCACGGAGACCCCGACCCCGACCACCACCACCACCACCAGCACGGAGACCCCGACCCCCACCCCGACCACCACCAGCACGGAGACCCCGACCUCCACCCCGACCACCACCAGCACGGAGACCCCGACCCCGACCACCACCAGCACGGAGACCCCGACCCCGACCACCACCAGCACGGAGACCCCGACCCCGGCCUCCACCCCGACCACCACCACCACCACCACCACCCCUACCCCGGGAUCAACCACCACUCCGUGCGUGCCUCAGUGCAAUUGGACCGGCUGGCUGGAUUCAGGGAAACCAGACAACACCAAACCGGGGGCAGACAUCGAAUCUGUCGAGGUCUGUGGACCAGGCUGGGCGGCCAACAUCUCCUGCAGAGCCGCCCAGUUCCCUGACAUCCCCCUUGGGCAGCUGGGCAGAAUGGAUUGCGACAUCAACGUCGGGCUGGUGUGCAGAAAUGAAAACCAGAAGCCAGGGGGAUACGUGCCCCAGCCUUCUUGCCUCAACUAUGAGAUCAACGUCUACUGCUGUUCGUGGCCUCCACACUGUAUCUCCACGCCUUCCCCUGUAACCACGCCGACCUCCCCGACCACCACCACCACCAGCACGGAGACCCCGACCCCGGCCUCCACCACCACCACCACCAGCACGGAGACCCCGACCCCCACCCCGACCACCACCAGCACGGAGACCCCGACCCCGGCCUCGACCACCACCAGCACCAGCACGGAGACCCCGACCUCCACCCCGAGCACCACCAGCACGGAGACCCCGACCCCAACCUCCACCACCACCACCACCAGCACGGAGACCCCGACCCCGACCAUCACCACCACCACCACCAGCACGGAGACCCCGACCCCCACCCCGACCACCACCAGCACGGAGACCCCGACUCCCACCCCAACCACCACCAGCACGGAGAGCCCGACCCCGACCACCACCACCACCACCACCAGCACGGAGACCCCGACCCCCACCCCGACCACCACCAGCACGGGGACCCCGACCCCGACCUCCACCCCAACCACCACCAGCACGGAGACCCCGACCCCCACCCCGACCACCACCACCACCAGCACGGAGACCCCGACCCCCACCCCAACCACCACCAGCACGGAGACCCCGACACCGACCUCCACCCCGACCACCACCAGCACGGAGAGCCCGACCCCGGCCUCGACCACCACCAGCACCAGCACGGAGACCCCGACCUCCACCCCGAGCACCACCAGCACGGAGACCCCGACCCCAACCUCCACCACCACCACCACCAGCACGGAGACCCCGACCCCGACCUCCACCACCACCACCAGCACGGAGACCCCGACCCCCACCCCGACCACCACCAGCACGGAGACCCCGACCCCGGCCUCGACCACCACCAGCACGGAGACCCCGACCCCGACCACCACCAGCACGGAGACCCCGACCCCGACCACCACCAGCACGGAGACCCCGACCCCGGCCUCCACCCCGACCACCACCACCACCACCACCACCCCUACCCCGGGAUCAACCACCACUCCGUGCGUGCCUCAGUGCAAUUGGACUGGCUGGCUGGAUUCAGGGAAACCAGACAACACCAAACCGGGGGCAGACAUCGAAUCUGUCGAGGUCUGUGGACUAGGCUGGGCGGCCAACAUCUCCUGCAGAGCCGCCCAGUUCCCUGACAUCCCCCUUGGGCAGCUGGGGCAGAACGUGGAUUGCGACAUCAACGUCGGGCUGGUGUGCAGAAAUGAAAACCAGAAGCCAGGGGGAUACGUGCCCCAGCCUUCUUGCCUCAACUAUGAGAUCAACGUCUACUGCUGUUCGUGGCCUCCACACUGUAUCUCCACGCCUUCCCCUGUAACCACGCCGACCUCCCCGACCACCACCACCACCACCACCAGCACGGAGACCCCGACCCCGACCACCACCAGCACGGAGACCCCGACCCCGACCACCACCACCACCACCACCAGCACGGAGACCCCGACCCCCACCCCGAGCACCACCAGCACGGAGACCCCGACCCCGACCACCACCACCACCAGCACAGAGACCCCGACCCCCACCCCCACCCCGACCACCACCAGCACGGAGACCCCGACCUCCACCCCGAGCACCACCAGCACGGAGACCCCGACCCCCACCCCGACCACCACCAGCACGGAGACCCCGACCCCCACCCCGACCACCACCAGCACAGAGACCCCAACCCCAACCUCCACCACCACCACCACCACCACGGAGACCCUGACCCCGACCACCACCAGCACGGAGACCCCGACCCCCACCCCGACCACCACCAGCACGGAGACCCCGACCCCGGCCUCGACCACCACCAGCACGGAGACCCCGACCCCGACCACCACCAGCACGGAGAGCCCGACCCCGACCACCACCACCACCACCACCAGCACGGAGACCCCGACCCCCACCCCGACCACCACCAGCACGGAGACCCCGACCCCGGCCUCGACCACCACCACCACGGAGACCCUGACCCCGACCACCACCAGCACGGAGACCCCGACCCCGACCACCACCACCACCACCACCAGCACGGAGACCCCGACCCCGACCACCACCAGCACGGAGACCCCGACCCCCACCCCGACCACCACCACCACCAGCACGGAGACCCCGACCCCGACCUCCACCCCGACCACCACCAGCACGGAGACCCCGACUCCCACCCCGACCACCACCACCACCAGCACGGAGACCCCGACCCCGACCUCCACCCCGACCACCACCAGCACGGAGACCCCGACUCCCACCCCGACCACCACCACCACCAGCACGGAGACCCCGACCCCGACCACCACCAGCACGGAGAGCCCGACCCCAACCACCACCACCACCACCACCAGCACGGAGACCCCGACCCCCACCCCGACCACCACCAGCACGGAGACCCCGACCCCCACCCCAACUACCACCAGCACGGAGACCCCGACCUCCACCCCGAGCACCACCAGCACGGAGACCCCGACCCCGGCUUCGACCACCACAACCACCAGCACGGAGACCCCGACCCCCACCCUGACCCCAGCCUCGACUACCACCACCACCAGCACGGAGACCCCCUCGACACCCACACCCACGACUGUGUCAACGAUGUCCACAGAAACGCUCACACCGCCAGGACGCCCGUCAUCCACGCCGCACAGGCCACCGAUCACGAGCGCCACGACCUCCAGUGUGCUCCCCUCCACGCUGACCCCAAUCUCCUCCCCCACCAUCGUUGAAACUACAGGUUCCAUCUCCAGCACACCCCAGAAAUACUGCUGCGUUUUGAAUGACACAUACUUUGCCCCAGGUGAAACGGUGUAUAACGGCACGCAUGGGGACACCUGCUAUUACGUGAACUGCUCGCUGUCCUGCACCUUUGAGUUCUUCAACUGGUCGUGCCCGUCCACACCCUCCCCAACGCCCACCCCUUCCUCGCCAACGCCGGCCUCAACACCCAAACCACCCACGUCCGUGGCAUCGAGCACUCUGGCCACCACCAAGCCCCCUGGGUGCCUAGACUUUGAUCCUCCCAGAGAGGAGAACGAGACGUGGUGGCUGUGUAACUGCACCAUGGCCAUCUGCAAAUACGACAACACGGUGGAGUUAGUGCAGGUGAAGUGCAACCCCCCACCCAUGCCCACCUGCUCCAACGACCUCCUGCCCGUGCGCGUCAUGGACCCUGAUGGCUGCUGCUGGCACUGGGAGUGCGACUGCUACUGCACAGGCUGGGGGGACCCGCACUACGUCACCUUCGACGGGCUUUACUACAGCUACCAGGGCAACUGCACGUACGUGCUGGUGGAGGAGAUCAGCCCCACGGUAGACGGCUUCGGCGUCUACAUCGACAACUACCACUGUGACGUCAACGACCGGGUGUCCUGCCCCCGCACGCUCAUCGUGCGCCACGAGACCCAGGAGGUGCUGAUCAAGACGGUGCAGAUGGCCCCCAUAAAAGUGCAGGUGCAGGUCAACGGGCAGGCCGUGGCGCUGCCCUACAGGAAGUAUGGGCUGCAGGUGUCCCAGUCGGGCAUCAACUACGUGGUGGACAUCCCCGAGCUGGGCGCCCUCAUCUCCUACAACGGCCUGUCCUUCUCCAUCAGGCUGCCCCACCACCGGUUUGGCAACAACACCAAGGGCCAGUGUGGCACGUGUACCAACAACACCGCCGACGACUGCGUGUUGCCCAGCGGAGAGGUCGUUUCCAACUGCGAGGUCGCGGCCGACCAGUGGGUGGUGAACGACCCCUCCAAGCCACACUGUCCCCACGUCGGCGUCACCACCAGGCCCCCGGCUAGCACGCCGUCAGCGGGCAGCCCCACGCCCAAGGACUGUGUUUCCCCUCUCUGCGACCUCAUCAAAGACAGCCUGUUUGCCCAGUGCCACGCCGUGGCACCCCCCCAGCACUACUACGACGCCUGCGUGUUCGACAGCUGCUUCGUGCCCGGCUCGGGCCUGGAGUGCGCCAGCCUGCAGACCUACGCGACCCUCUGUGCCCAGAAAGGCGUCUGUAUCGACUGGCGGAACCACACCAACGGCGCCUGCUUGCUGACGUGUCCACCUCACAGGGAGUACCGGGCCUGUGGUCCUCCAGAGGAACCCACCUGCAAGUCUGGAUCCUUCGAGAAGAACAACAGCAUCCUGGUGGAGGGCUGCUUCUGUCCCGAGGGCACCAUGAACUACGCCCCGGGAUUCGACGCCUGCGUGGACAUGUGUGGCUGUAUGGGACCUGACAAUGUGCCUAGAAAGUUUGGGGAACACUUUGAGUUCGACUGCAAGAGCUGUGUCUGCCUGGAGGGCGGGAGCGGCAUUUCCUGCCUGCCCAAGACGUGCAGCCAGGAGCUGCCCCAGUGCACGGAGGAGGGCACCUACCCGCUCACAGAGGUCAACCCCGCCGACACCUGCUGCAACAUCACAUCCUGCAAGUGCAACACCAGCCUGUGCCCGGCGACGCCGUCCAAGUGCCCACUGGGAUUUGAAGUGAAGAGCGAGAUCACACCCGGGAAGUGCUGCCCCACCUACACCUGUGCGCCCAAGGGUGUGUGCGUUCACCAGAAUGCUGAGUACCAGCCAGGGUCGCCAGUUUACUCCUCCAAGUGCCAGGACUGCGUGUGCACCAACCGCAGGAACAGCAGCACCGAGCUCAACGUCAUCUCCUGCACCCACGUGCUCUGUGACAACUCCUGCAGCCCCGGCUUUGAGCUGGUGGAGGCCCCCGGGGAGUGCUGUGGUAAGUGUGAGCAGACCCACUGCAUCAUCAAGAGGCCCAGCAAGGAACCCAUCAUCCUAAAGCCCGGGGACAUAAAGCAUGACCCCAAGAAUAACUGCACAUUCUUCAGCUGCGUGAAGAUUCACAACCAGCUCAUCUCUUCCGUCUCCAACAUCACCUGCCCCGACUUUGACCCCAGCAUCUGCCUCCCGGGUUCCAUCACUCUCAUGCCCAAUGGUUGCUGCAAGACAUGCAUCCCUCGCAACGAGACCAGGAUCUUCUGUUCCGCCAUCCCCGUUACCCGGGAGAUUUCUUUCGCCGGCUGCACCAACAAAGUCACAAUGAACUACUGCUCUGGGUCCUGCGGGACCUUCGCCCUGUACUCGGCCGAGGCCCAGGCCCUGGACCACAGGUGCUCCUGCUGUAAGGAAGAACGGACCAGCCAGCGGGAGGUGGUGCUGCACUGUCCCCAGGGCGGCUCGCGGAGCCACACCUACACCCACAUCGAGAGCUGCCGGUGCCAGGACACCGUCUGCGAGCUCCCGCCGGCCCCGCGCCACGUCCCCGGCCGCUCCCGGCGCUCCAGCCCCGGGGGCCUGCGCCCAGGAGGCGCUUGAACGGGGUCGUGCCACCCAGCUCGCCCCCACCGCCCUCCGCAGCCCCCAGCCCUCCUGCUGAACCCCUGAGCUUCCUCACCUCCUGAGCCGGCUUCCUCUCUGCAGAUAUUUAUUUUCUGAGUCUUUGUUCAAUUCUUCGCUUUCCACAAUAAACUUGGGCAGACGCUG